UCCAUCUGAUAAUCUGCUGCCUCCCUCUAGGAGAAAAACGCUACUUUGUUUACGAACAUAAUACCUUAUUAUCGCUGUCUAGAGUGAAAACUUGGAAUAUAUGUGUUCGAGUAGAAACACAUAUCCGCAAAAUUGAUGUAGUUGGAGGAGUAUAAAAUUAAUUCAAAGGAGCUAAUACGGUAUUAAAGUUACUUAGCGUUUUGAAUUGAAAAACGCUAAAGGAGCGUUCAUAUUCAUUUGCAGGCCGGAGUAGCGCGGGCUCGAGGAUUAAACAAGUGGAGCGGACGUGAUGAAAUAGCUCUCACUGCGUUCAUAUGAAUACUAUUUGAGCAACCAUGGGAGUAACACAACAUUCUAACGGGAAGGUUCAAGUGAAGGGAAAAUUGCGAAGUAAAGAUUUAUUCUCUGUGCAAAAUGUGUUCAACUGUUUGUCAGUGAGUCUUAUAGUUCUAUUGGCCCUUGGCCUCGUUACGUGCCUGAUGGAGAUCCGUCGCCUCUCAGGGACAACAGACACAAUAGAAAAAGCUAUUUCAAAACUGUCUGACACUCUCCUCACUCAACCUGCUCCUGUUUCACUAUCGAACUUUGUUUAUGAACAAAUGAUAGCCGGUGGUAAAGGAACGACGCCGUACAACAAGAAGAGGCAGUACAAGCGAUCCGCACUGAGGAGUUACCAGACGUUCGACCCUCUCUCCUCCACGAAACAGAGUGCAGAUGAGUUUUGCUGGACACUGCUACAUGAACGCUGUGGAUCCUCUAUUCCUGGGGCACCCGCUUCAGGACCACCGGGACCGCCGGGAUCCCCGGGCCAAAAGGGGGACCAGGGCCGCCCCGGGCAUCCGGGCCACAUGGGACCACCCGGGGUGGACGGUCAGAUGGGACAGAAAGGAAGCCGCGGAGAGACGGGACGAGUCGGCGAGCCAGGAGCAGACGGACCCCGAGGACCGCAAGGCCUUCCUGGAGUAAACGGCAUCACUGGUCCGUCCGGGCGGCGGGGAAAGCGGGGACUUCCUGGACAGUCGGGGAACCCAGGGAAGGCCGGAAACCCGGGCAUGCCGGGACAUAAAGGUCUCAAGGGGGAGCCCGGCGACCCGGGAACAGCCAUGAACAUCAAUGGUGCCAACUGCACGUGUGUGGGACAGAAGGGCGAGAAAGGCAUACGCGGGCUGAUCGGCUUCAACGGAUACAAAGGCGACAAAGGAUUCGCAGGUCUAAAAGGAGAAAAAGGUUACGGGAUGCAGGGGUUCCCCGGGCCACAGGGGCCAGCCGGCCACAAGGGCGCCAAGGGAGAUCCCGGAUACUGCCAUGCUAGCCAAUGCGGAGAUGCUUACAAGCGAACCCCGGACAAAGAUAAAUUGGACUCGCAAGCCAGCACGACAACGUCGACGUCAACGCUGUCUACGACGUCAACUACGUUCACGACGACGCUAUCGACGGUUCCCCCAAGUCUCCCUUCUCGAACGUCCGUGUGCCGGAUCAAGCGUGUGUCCACGCCCAUUUUCGUGCGUCAUGACGUCUCGGUGCACGGCUCGUUCCUAGCGGAUCCCCUGCAGCCCCAGAAGUUCUGGCUGUCACGUGACUACCAUGGGCAACAACUGGAGGAGUUCUCUAGCCUUCAGAACCUAAAGAACCGCAUCCCUGACAAACGUUACAACCUGCGCUUCAACCGUUACCACGGCACUCAACACGCCAUCUACAACAAUUCUUUUUAUUAUCAGUUUUCUGGAAAACAACACGUUGUGAAAUACGAUUUAGGGCUUCACGACGUCGCUUCGGCCGUGCAUAUUCCGCAUAGUCAUUUCAAUGAUAGCGAGUACCUAUACAAGGGAAGUAAAUCAUACUAUGACGUCAUAGCAGACGAAAAUGGGUUGUGGGUCGUAUACGGCCGGCCGAGGGGUAGUUCCUCAAAGUUGCACGUGAUGAAACUGGAUCCCGUGACUCUGGAAGUCAAGCGCGUGUGGCGGAAGCUUCCUUUUGAAGUGGGUCAGUACACGAACUCGAUCAUAGCGUGCGGGAUCCUUUACCUGAUACAGGAAGAUGGCCAGGUGAAGCGCGCGCGCAUCAAAGACACAUUUGACCUGUACAACGGGGAACGGGGCAGUGCGGACAUCAACCUCAAGAUCCCCUUCCGGCGAAACACCAUGUUUUCAUUUUACACAAACACCUCGGACCGCAGGAGCAGCGCCCUUCUCGCCUGGGACAACGGAAACCUCAUCAAGUACCCCAUACUAUUUUAACCUGACAUCGUUAGAAUUUAAUGUUACAUGUUGCCGCGGGUUUUCUUAUAGCCACUGUAUUGAUUUCGUAACUAUUAUUUACCUUCGAAUUGCAUUAAAAGUAGUCCGCCUUUUGAGUGAAAAGGUUGAUGAAUUAUGAUAAAAUUGUGAUAUCAUUAUGAAAUUAUAUUGUUGUAUAUGUUUUAAGUUUGUAAAUAUCAUUUUUGCUUAAACAUGUCGACACUUUCAUCGCUGGCGACAGCGAGUGAAUAUAUAUUAUCAUGUACAAACUACUAGUAUGUAUUAGCCCUUGUUCGAUCCUGUUUAUAAUAACAUACUUUAUUCGUGACCACAGGGUACUAAUAUCAAAAUACUCGUAGACAAUCAAAACUGUUGUGUGUACUUUUUGUUUCUUUUUUACGACAGCAGUUUGUGACAUGUAUAGAUCUGUAUAUGUAUUUAUUGUCUUUGAGGCUUUAAUAAGUAUGUGUUUUAUUCUAGAUCAUGUGCAAUGCUUCGAUAAACCGUUGCUUAUUAUAAAGUUGAACAUAAAUGUCCAAUAAAAACAUAGGAAUACA